UACUUUGUUGACGUUGCAGUGAGUACAUUACACGGUUGAAUCGACUUCGAAAUGGAAAAAUUGAGAUGCGGCUUUAUAAUUUUGUGGUUUCUUUUCAACAUGGACGGUGGGCUAGCUGACUCCAGCUUUAAGAAUUCAACAGCAUUAAGCGAUGUAAUUCCUCCAGCAGCAGCAUAUCCUUUUCGGACAGACUUAAUUACAGUUGAAGAAUGCAGUCUUUAUGUGCAAUAUUCAGUGGAAAGAUUCAUAUGUGCAGAUAGGCAGGUUCUUGGUUAUUUGUGCAACGUAACUGAUAAAAAUCCUCGCAAGGCUCAGAUGCUCAACACAUACCUGGAUGUGUCCUGUAUUUACCGGUCGCAUGCACUGGUAGCUAAUACCACUAAGCAUGUGCGGCAAAUCAGCCCGCAUCGCGCUGUUCUGUUGAAUUUGUUUGAGUGGGAUGCAGAACAGGAUCCAGUUACCGUGGAUGUAGUGGAACCCAUUCGUAAUCAAACCGUACACCUUGCUGUUCACGACUGUCGAUCGCCGAAUACGACCGCCAAAGUAUACGCACUGGGUUUGCUGCCCAGUCUGUACAGUUUCGCGCUCGACGCCUGCCCCAACGUGACGAUCCAAAAGACGCAUUUCAGUGGAAUGCCGCAACUACGGAUAAUCUGGUUUUAUGUAACCACAAUCAGCUCGCUGGAGCCGGGCACCUUCACAGAUUUGAUUCAUCUGCGUAGCCUGACACUGGAGAAACAUUAUAUCAAGGUGUUAAUAAAUCAAAACAAUCCUAAUCCGGCUUACAUUAAAUUUUCAACUGACGGAAAUCUUCACUAUUUGUACGAUUUGCACUGCGGCUGCUCGUUCGCCUGGUUGCGCAGCUUCCUAAAGCAGAAACCGUACUUGAUUGGAGAAAAGGACCCAGGUGAAGUAUUCAUAAUCGGAAACUAUAUAUCACCAGCUGUUGAAAGGAGUGGGAAUAAGACGGAUAUCUUUAGCGUAGACUGUUCCAGAAACGUGACCUUGGACAAUAUUUGGGCAGGCAAUGAAUUCUCGUACAAAACAAAUUGCUCUACUGAGACCUGUUAAAUUAAUUAUGUACUCGUAAUUGUGCAUUUUUUGAAAGCUUGUUUGUUAAAAGCUGGUGCGAGGAAACCCUUUUCCUGACCAGAGAAAAUCGAAAUGUACGGUUAACAACAGUAGCCCACGUGGUAUAGCUGUCAGAAAGACCAA